AUGGAAGAAAACAAAGGUUUCUCUUUCAGAUCAAUCCUCAUCCACUCUCUAUGGACAACUCUCACCGGAAUACUCUUCUUCAGUUUCGCCACCAUGAAAGGCCACAACUUUGGUUACAUCAAAUUCUUUUCGAUAUCCGGAACAUUGCUCGCAACUUUGCCUUGGUUAAUCCAACUUUUGGUCACUUUUGCUGUAAUAUUACUGCAUAAGACCAAAGGUUACAAUCUCAUGUGGAUUGUUCAAGCACCAAAAUCCAAAGAGAAUCAUCAUCCCACUAAUGUCGUCACUAUCUCUUCUUCAUCAUCUCCUCUUUCGUCUAGCCAGGUUUUGAAGAAAGGCGAUAAGGAUGAUGAGAUCGAGAUUAGGAUUGUGAUUGGUGUUGAUGGUCCAAGACUUCCAAAAGAUGGAUCUUCUGCAACGCAGCCUUUAGGGAAUCUCAAGGAGAUUGAAGGAAGAAAUAACACCAAACUUCUCACAAAUGGAUCACAAAUUGUUGCUUAA